AUGUUAUUAAAACAUAUAAUUAUUAUAAUUUUUAUACACAAAAGCGAUAUAACAGCAAAGACUACCGAAUGUGGAUAUAAGCAAUGUCCUAUCACGAGGGACGGAGCGCUGAAUGUUCACAUCAUACCGCAUUCACACAUGGACGCCGGUUGGGUGAAGACUUUCGAUGAGUAUUACUUUGGCACUAAGAGCAGCGUCAGUUCAGCGAAUGUACAACUCAUAUACCAUUCGGUACUGUCAGAACUUCUGCAUGAUAAAAGGAGGAAAUUCACCUUCUCAGAAACAGCAUAUUUCUGGCGCUGGUGGAAGGAACAGCGCGGAACAACUCGGGCUACAUUCAGGUCUCUGGUCGCCGAAGGUCGAAUAGAAUUUGCUGGUGGUGGCUGGGUGCAAAGUGAUGAGGCUACUGUUGAUUAUUUGCAGCUUUUGGAUCAGUAUACUUGGGGACUGAGAAAACUUAACGACACUUUAGGUCCUUGCGGUAAACCUAAAGCAGCAUGGCAGAUAGACACAUACGGACACACAAGGGAACACACUUCUUUGUUAGCACAAAUGGGCUUCGAUGGACUUUUUAUAGGAAGAGUAGAACAUAGAGAGAGGGAAAUGAUGAUUGAAGAAGAUAAAAUGGAGUUUAUGUGGAGAGGCAGUGAUAUGCUUGGUAAAAUGUGUGACAUAAUGACACACACUAUGUAUAAUCUUUACAACGCACCAGAAGGAUUUUGUUUCGACUUCCUCUGCAGUGAUGAACCCAUUGUCGAAGAUCCCGACAGCAAAGCCUAUAAUGCUGACAAACGAGUAAAUGACUUUAUAACACAAAUCGAACGCCAAGCGAAGUACUACGACCACGACAACAUCAUGGUCACGAUGGGGGGAGACUUCACGUACCAGAGCGCAGCGAAUUGGUUUAUUAACAUUGACAAAUUGAUUAAUCACGUGACCACACACCCAGCUAACAUCUCGGAUGUAAACAUAUUUUAUUCGACGCCAUCUUGCUAUUUGAAGUCCAUUUACCUUUAUGGGAGGAGGGAUAAAGCACUUUAUACGGAAAAGGCUGAUCAUUUACCGUACGGCAGCGACGCUAACACUUACUGGACAGGCUUCUACACUUCAAGGCCCAGUCUGAAAUAUUAUGUGAAAAGGGCACAUGCUUUUUUACAGGUCGUGAAACAACUGUCAGUCCUAUCUCGAAUGGGUGACUCGUAUGAACUUCACCUGUUACGCCACGCAGUUGGUUUGGUGUUACACCAUGAUGCUAUCACAGGAACAAGUCAACAGCAUGUAACAAACGAUUUCAUAAGAAUAUUGUCUGAGGCUAUCGAAGCUAGUACGAAAAAAGUCUCUCAACUUUUAAGUGUCCUAACACCUACAUGGGGCGGAAGUAGACGACCCAAGAAUAGUCAGCAGUUCAUCACAUGUCAUCAACUUAACAUAAGUCAGUGUAGAUUCACAGAAACUCAAGAAUCAAUACUGCUCAUCGUGUACAAUCCUCUGAGCGUCAAAACAUACUUCCACCUGCAACUACCAGCCAUUGCCUUGCAUUACUCUAUACGCGAUUACAAUGAUGAAGAAGUGGAGUACCAACUGGUACCACUUCCGACAGCGGUCAUCAACCUGCCAGGACGCACAUCAAACAGUUUGCAAGAGCUAUGUUUUGAAGCGGAAAAUAUACCGCCCCUUGGAUUCACAGCUUUUUACAUAUCGCCCAUACGAGACCAAUUGGCGGAGGGUCAGUUUAAGAAAACACAAAAUCAAGAAACAGAACAAGAGAUAGUAGCUACAAUUUCUAAUGAGUAUAUAAAAGUAGCAAUAAAUAAAUCUACUGGUCUCCUGGAAUCCAUCCAACAUAUCGAUGGUAUAAAGAUCCUCAUCAGCCAGAACUGGUAUUACUACAGCCAAGGUCAGCAGGUUCUGCAGUCUGGAGCGUACAGCUUUAGACCUGGCAAAGACAGGCCUACACCUGUUACCGAUAAAGUCACUUACCACACCAUACGAGGACCGUUGGUGAAGGAGAUCAGACAAAGGUUCAGUGACUGGAUCACGCAGAUCAUCAGAUUGUAUCGAGGAGAGGAAUUCGUUGAAGUUGAAUGGAUCAUUGGACCAGUACCGAUUGGAAACGACUUAGGAAAAGAAGUGGUGACCAUCUUCAGUACUAACAUCAGCAACAAUGGCGUAUUCUACACCGACUCCAAUGGCAGACAAAUGAUGAAGAGAACUUGCUGGAACCUGACCACUAGCCACCCACAAAAGAAACCGCUACCAGCUUGUCAAUACCCAGUGACUUCAAGAAUUUGCUUGCAAAGCUUGAACAGCAGCGCGGGUCUGUGCGUGCUGACAGACAGGGCGCAGGCGGCUACUUCUUAUAACGAUGGAGAAAUAGAACUAAUGGUGCACAGAAGACUACUAACAGAUGAUGGUUUUGGUCUGGAAGAGUCUCUGAACGAAGAAGCGUUUGGAGUAGGGCUGGUUGUGAGAGGAAAGCACAGAAUAUUCUUUGGCAAUUAUAAACAAGAUGUCGAGGACUUAUCAUUUUUCGAGCGAGCAGCACAACUAGCAAGGAAAUGGAACUUGGAGCCCUGGCUUUUCAUGACUCCAGGGGAAAAGAUAACGAGAAGAAAGUGGCAGAAUGUGAGAAAUAAGAGAUACACGGCUCUCCGGCUCCACGGACUACCUCGUCACGUCCACAUCUUGACAUUGGAACCUUGGAAAGCUGGCUCCAUUCUCCUAAGAUUGGAAAACACUUUGGAGAAGAGUUCUCCAAAUUUAGAUGCAGAACAACUUGAUCAAGUAAACAGUCACAUAACGGUGGAUAUCCGCAAGAUAUUCCUGUACCAGAUUAAAGAUAUAAAGGAGACUACACUCGCUGGUAACCAGUGGCUGCAAGAUGCCAGACAAAUGGAUUGGAGUACUAGGUAUGUGUACUCUGGAGGAGAUGACGGUAUUCUACCAGAGGACAACCCUGAUUAUAAUGAAGAGCUAAAAUUUAGUAAACAAACGGAAAUGAAAGAUUCUGAAAAUUACUCAGAAGAAACGUAUUCAAGAAAGAAAACGCCGAAUCGAAGAAAAGCUGGUAGAAGUCAAUAUAAAAUACCACAAAGAGACAAUGAUAGAAGAAAGAGAUCAAUAAAUUCCACUGAAUUUAAUGAAAACAACAUUACAAUAAAUGCUUUUUUAAAUAAUUCUGAAAACAAAAGUAUUUCAUUCAAAGAUAAAACAUCACCUAAUGUAAUUAUUAAUAAAACAAGAAAUUACAAAAAAGGGAAUCCGAUAAAACUAUUAACAACCAAAACACCAAUACUGGGUUUCCUAACUUCAGAAAUGCCAGAGAAGACUAAUGAUGGCAGUCAAGAAAGGGACGAUUUUUCUUCUGAAGACGAUAUAAGAAAGAAAAAGGGGACAAUGAAAAAGAUGCGAUUUAGGAAUAAGGAUUACAAACGUGAUGAUAUUUCAAAUAGUCGAGAAACAGACGAUGGUGUCACAAAAUCUAUUUAUGAUAUGUAUUAUCGAAUCAAGGCAAAACCAAAUAAACGCUAUCUGCGAUAUUUACAAGAUACUAAAGAGGCACAUAAUGAGAGAAUCAAUGAUGACUCUUUUGAAUUCACUACUAGAAGAAAUAGGAGAAGUAAGAAAAGAAUUGCAGAUGAAAGUCCAUUUUUUGUUGAAAAUAGGAGAUAUUCAUAUAACAAAAAAGUAGAGGAUAGAAGAAUGGAUUAUUGUGACUCUUGUGAAGAAAGACGUGAUGGUAACAGAAGAAGGCGUAACAAUGGUUUUUAUUCUAAAGGUACUAGAAGACAUGAAAAUCGAAAUAGAAAUAAAAGACACGAAAUCAAUGAUACAGAAGAGUCACAAGAUGAAUCAACUACAGACGAGGAAGAAGAUUACGACAAUAGAAGAAAGAAGCGAGCUGUCGAAGAUCAACCUGAGCAGAGUGCCGAGCAAACUGAACAAGACUACAUCAUAACACUACGUCCAACUCAGAUACGUACCUUCGUGAUAAUGUUCGAGGGGAAAAAAGAUUUUACUUUAUAAAACUUAUAGCUAUGUAAAAUGUGUUAAGAAUGUCAUUAUGUAUUAAGUAUAUAAUGAUUAUAUACGAAUCGAUUAUAGAAUAUACAGAAACAGAAGUCUGUCCUUAUUACAUUUGUAUUAAUCUUAUUGUAAUUGUAUUAUUUCAAAUACAAACACAAUACAAA